AUGGCACCUUAUGAAGCGUUAUAUGGGAGAAAGUGCAGGUCACCGAUCGGAUGGUUUGAAGCGGGCGAAACUGCCUUAUUUGGGCUAGAUCUUGUUCAUCAAGCUAUGGAAAAAUUUAAGGUGAUACAACAACGAUUAGCAACAUCUCAAUGCCGACACAAAUCAUAUGAAGAUAAUAGAAGGAGAGGACUAGAAUUUUUCAUAGGAGAUUGGGUAUUUUUGAAGGUAUCCCCAAUGAAAGGGGUAAUGAGAUUUGGUAAAAAGGGGAAGCUGAGUCCGCGCUACAUAGGGCCAUAUAAAAUUAUUCGAAGAGUUGGUCAAGUCACGUAUGAGUUAGACCUCCCUCAAGAGCUCUCAACAGUCCAUCCAGUAUUUCAUGUCUCAAUACUUCAAAAAUGCAUAGGCGACCCAUCUCGUAUCACUCCUACGAAAGAUGUACAUGUCACAGAAGAUCUCACUUACGAAGAAGUACCCAUCACAAUUUUGGAUCGACAAGUUAAGAAACAAAGAAAUAAAGAAGUAGCUUCUGUAAAAGUACUAUUUGGAAACCAACAAGUUGAAGAAGUUACAUGGGAGGCGGAAGAAGCAAUGAAGUCCAAAUAUCCUCAUUUAUUUCAAUCCGAGGAGAAGGGUCAAAGUGCUGAGUUGAGACAAUAA